AUGGUCAACUCCUUUUGCCAAUCACAAACUUUGGCAGGUACAGAGAUAUUAAAUACAAAUAAUCAUACUUAUCGUAUCUACAGCACACCUUACUCUGUCCACCAAGCUUUAACGUUCUGUGCAUCAACCUCAUUGCCCAAUGGACAAGCAGGAUACCUUGCAACAGUGACAUCUGUACAAGAGAUGGACUUGUUGUUGGUUGCUCAACAAAGGUAUAUCAAUGGAUUGAAUUUCUGGAUAUCAGGUGAUGACACUAAUCAACAUGGUAUCUAUCUCUACAACUCUGGUCCUGAGAAAGGUACUCUAAUGUAUAACACAUUCACAGGAGAGAGUCCUUAUUAUUCAUACUUCAACUAUAUGGAACCAAGUGAUUAUCCAUUCUUGGUUGAGGAGUAUGUUGGGUUUGAUCAAGUGGAGAGUUGUUGGAAUAAUAUGGAGGGUAAUAAGUUGUAUCCAUUCGUUUGCGAGUAUGGUGGCAUGGAGUUGCCAUACAUCGAACCAGUUCGUACAAUUGGUGAUGACAAUAUAAUGAUCACAAACAUACUUAAUAUGAACUUGUCAUCAACUUCAUCAUCCGCAAUGAUUACCGUCAACUUUAAGAAUGUAGACGGUCGAUCAUUCACCGCCUCCAACAUCCGAGUUAUAUCAAAGACUUCGCUACAAGUAUCCAUCCCCGCUGGCACGGGACAAUACAAUGUAUUGGUGUCCAAUGGUGCUGUAACACUCAAGACUACCUUCCAAUAUCAAUCACCUCAUAUUGCCGUUGUCUAUCUUAGCUUGAACUCUGGCAGCCAGAUGACCAUCACUGGCAAGAACUUUGGAACUUCAUCAAAGCUGGUGUUGGCCAUUGACCUUGGACUCAACCCAGCACAAUGUAUCAAUCCAAAUGUCAUCGAAGAUGGACUAAUCACAUGUCAACUCUCUGGCACCAUCAACAACUAUCUCUCCCCAAUCAACAUCACUGUGGACAAGAACUUCCACACCGCAAUCAAACCUGCUUUCAACACUAAUGGCAGGUUCUUCUCCUGUUUCUCCCAGUUUGGCAACUUUACUGGCUCUUUAAAGUACACGCACAGUCUUAAGAUUGAAGGCUUGACACCCUUCCAGGGCUACAUCGACUCACAGAGUACCCUGGACUUGUAUAAACUACUAUGUCGAUCGUUCCCAAAUGAUCCACAACCAUUCUUCUGGACAUCUGUAAACUAUAAUAGUACGACCAACUACUUUCAGGUGAUGGACGGUCCGAAGGCCUAUCAAAAGGUCAAUCUCUACCCUGCCGCCCUGCCUCCAACCAGCUCACUACCCUAUCAAUUCAACCUGAGUUCUGUAGCAUACUACCCAUCACCAGUAUCAGACUAUGUUGGAGCAUUGUCCGAGUUCUACAUUGAUAAGCCUAGCUUCGCCCUUGACGUCACAGAGUUCCCAACUUCAGGUGGACCAAUGGUGAUGACAAUCAAUAGAGGUGGAACAUACUUGUCCAAUUAUACACUCACUUAUCAAUCGGUGAACAUGUCUAACUUCAAGAUUGACUUGUAUUCACCAAAGUUGAAACUUUUCGUGGCGCCUGGUUUUGGAGGACCCUUCCCAGUAGUGCUGACGACUAGUCUUGACAUCAAACGUUCAUCUAUACAGUACAUCAAGUUCACUCCACCUACGAUCAUAGACAUAAAGUCAAUGCACCCUGAUGGUGGCCGUUUCACAAUCACUGGAGCCAACCUGUACACCGACCCAACACUCCUGGACGUGGGCAUUGGUCAUGACAAGUGCACAGACAUCACCUUCAUCACACCACAUCUCAAGAUUGCCUGUACCUUGGCGAAGCCAUCCGGCGGCCUCAACACGACACUAUCAGUUCAGCUAUCAUUAAAUGGAACCAAGGCACCUGCAUUCAACUUCAAGUACCUCUCAAUGGAGAUGACCGAGAUUACACCUGGAUACGAGAACAUCUCAACAACACUGACAAUCUCUGGCAGGUACUUCUCAGAUAACAAUGUGUCAGUUACCAUAGGUAGCAACACAACUGCAGCUGUGUCAAGAGCACCAUGCUACAACCCUCGAGUCUUAUCAUCAUCCAUCCUGACAUGUCAGUUUGAUGGAAUGUUGGCCAAGUCAGACAACAAGUCGAUGUUUGUUAAUCUUACAAUGGCUGGCUUCACAGUGAUCAAACAGUUGUUCUACUAUGCCAACGACGCAAACUGUCCGAGAGUGGCACCAAGUGGUGCGUUGUGCAAUGACCAUGGUCGAUGUAUACAGGGCACAUGCUUCUGUGAGAGUGGCUGGACAUUGGCCGCCUGCACCAAGCCCACUGACAACACCAACACCAACCCAUCUGGCAACAAUGGCACUGUGAUCAACCCAUCACGUGUGGACUUUGUGUCAGGCAUUAGGUAUCUACGCGAACUCAAUCCCAUGGGUCAGACUGUGCGCACUUUGGAUAUGGCCAACAUCUUUUGGACUGCCGACAAUGGCUCGGGAGUCAUCACAGGAGUGUUUAACAAAGAUCCAGUCAUUGUUGCAAUGACCAUGUAUCAGUUCAAGGACGCGGGAAUAUACCAGUUUGCAGGCCAGCUCAUACCAAUCCCCGCCAACUCAAUCAAGAUUGUACUAUCUCUUUACAAUUGGUCGUUCAACAGCACCCUUCACACGCUCCAGGUGAUAAUGGAGACAAAGACAAACCGAACUACCCUGGGCCCAUGCAGCGAGACUCUUACGACCACUGGGGAGCUGGCCACCAACUCAUAUCAUGUUGUGGCAGGCAACUCUAUCCUUCAGGUCAAGUUUGCCAGCCAUCUCUUUGUGGAUGAGCGUGUUGUCCAAUCGGACUUUAUCGAACUAUCAGGCGACGAUGUGCUCAUCCUCGCGCAGCCCCCCACCAACGACACAUUCUCCCUUUGGACAGCUCUGAACCUACCCUACUUCCAACAAUGUACAAUCGAUCCCAGCAUGGUGGGCUUGGUUGGUGUCGAGUCCGAGGUGUGCCCAUCAAGCGGCUUCCCCAAAUGGAAGAUCAUCGUCAUUGCUGUGACAUGUGGCGCUGUGUUGCUGGCGGCAGCAGUUGGAGCGGGAUGGCUGAUCAAGCAGAAGUUAGUAUGGAGCCAACAAGAGAGGAAGAUCAUGAAGACCCAGAUGAAGAUGAAGGCAACCGACGCACAGCUCUAA